CCUGACGUCUCUGAACGGUUAAAGGCGACGUUGAUGAACGUUGAAUGACGUCAGUUCCAGUGGCUGGAGUCUGGCUUCCGUUUCCUCCUGGUGUCCGGGGUAACCGGGAGGUGCCAGGGCAGCCGGCGAGGUGCUGAGGUUUAAUUAUGGACUACAUACAUCAUGAUAUCAACUAGUCGCAGCAGAGACAUUGAGCGGCAAGCUGAAUAUCUGCAAAGCCGACCAGUGUGUCCCACCCCCCUCCAGUGACAGCUCGAUGGGAUAGGAUCUGGUUUAUCAAAGAUGGUUGUGGGCUGGCCUGUGUCAUCGUAACCUGGAUGGCUGAUUUUCUAUGCAGAGUUUGUUGUGGUUUUUGUAAUGCUCCAUUCCCGGAAAAGACUUGCUGUACAGUAUCAUAAAUGGGAUUAUCUUCAAUGCACUGGCUUUCCUUGCUUUGGCUUCUCACUCUAGGCCAUGCUGACGGAUCCUGGUGCAGUACCAAAAGGGAAUGCCACUAAAGAAUUCAUUGAAAGUUUACAGUUGAAACCAGGUCAAGUGGUGUAUAAAUGCCCCAAGUGCUGCAGCAUCAAGCCAGAGAGAGCACAUCAUUGCAGUGUAUGUAAAAGAUGUAUUCGAAAGAUGGAUCACCACUGUCCAUGGGUUAACAAUUGUGUGGGAGAGAAUAACCAGAAAUACUUCGUAUUGUUUACAAUGUAUAUAGCUCUGAUAUCACUACAUGCUCUUAUCAUGGUUUGCUUCCACUUUCUAUAUUGCUUUGAAGAGGAGUGGCUGAAAUGCAGUUCAUUCUCGCCACCGUCCACAGUGAUACUCCUCAUCCUUUUGUGCUUUGAGGGACUGCUCUUCCUUAUUUUCACUGCUGUGAUGUUUGGCACCCAAGUACAUUCUAUCUGCUCAGAUGAGACAGGAAUAGAGCAGUUGAAAAAGGAAGAGAGAAGAUGGGCUAAAAAAACAAAAUGGAUGAAUAUGAAAGCAGUGUUCGGUCAUCCAUUUUCAGUAGAAUGGCUAAGUCCAUUUGCAACUCCAGAUCAAGGGAAGGUAGACCCAUACCAGUAUGUGGUCUGAGUCAUCCUAAGCCAGCAAUCCAAUUCAAACUGGUCAUUUAAAAGAAACUACUUUUUUAAAAAAAUACCAAAUGUAACUUGCUUCAUAAGUUAUUCACAAGACUGUAUCCUUUCUGGUGGCUUAACAUGUUUUAGAAAAGCUUGAAUAAUGAAUUAGUCCACUUCAUUCUUCAAUGUACUGCAGUCUUCUCUGUUCAGUGAAACAAUAGGACAGUCCCAAACCUCCUCACCACCUACCUUGUGUAGCUGGGAUAUUGUAAGACAUAAACCAGGCUUCUGAAGACUGCAGAUAUAGCUAUCAAAUUAAAAUAAAGGAUAUUUAAGAAAAUUCAAGUGUAUAAAAGUGUUAAGGAUUGGCAUUCUGAAAUUUCAAGUAGUUGUUAUAACAGGGUUUGAAAGUUAUUUUUAAGACUUGCUGCCUUUUCUCUUUAUUGAUUUAUAUCCUUUGUGUGUGUGUGUGCAACAGUUGCUGAAGUCUGAAUUGAUCUUUCUUCAGCAAGUACUUAUUGAAUACUGCUGGGCUUACCCCUGAGCUAAGCAAACAUUAACCAUAAUGAGAAAGGCCCCAUUUACUUACAAAUAGGAACAUACUGUAUAAGCAACUAAUCCAUAGCCUUCGAGAGCUGACAUGUUUCUAGUUCUGUUUAUUCCAGUCUGGAUUUUUGCUACUUGUGAUCCAUGGUGGGAGGGAGGCUGUACCUCUGCCUUCUGGCUUUGUGUGAUCAAUGUAAUGCCAAGGGAGCAGAGUCCCUCUUAAAGGGAAUGUUGUUAAUCAAAGCCUGUCAGUGCUCAAACCUGAAAUCAAAAUCUGUUGGUGGCGGGGAACGCCCACUGGUUUGAUACUCUUUCCCCAUUUAAUUUAAAAUUUUGAUGAUAUCCUCACCAAUCAAAAAAACUAUUUGUGUUGAAUAUUUGUGACAUGUGGCCACCUGUAGCUGUGAAGUGCCAAAGCUGUAUAACAUAGCCACCAAUAUCAGAUUGUUAGUGCAUUUCUUUUACUACUUAAUAUUACAAAUUUACACAAAUAUUUCUACAAAUAUUUCUAUACUUGAUUUGUCUGUCCUAUCUUGACUUUCUUCCUGUCACUGAGCAAUAGCCAAGAAAACACAAUCAGAAUUCUUCCUGUUAACAACUCUCCCCUCCCCUCCUUGGAUGUUCAGUCCUGCACAAAUUUGUUUUGCUCUAAGUUUCAGCAAGUAAUUGCAGUCUUCCAAAUGCUGCAGGCAAAUGUUCUAUUCGAGAGCUACGUAACACCAUGAUUUUAAAAGGUUUUAAAUCUUCCCAUUUCUGUUUGUGGUUUUCUUGCUUUCAGACUCCUUGCCAUAGGUGGGCUGUUCUACCCUUAAGUUUGUUCCACUGUACAGUUGGGUCUUGACCCAUCCAUAAUGUUUUGAUCCCCUUAUAUCCUUGAGAGAUCUCCCACUGUCAGUGUGAAAAAUUUCUAGUGGCCAACAUCCAUGAUUUUCCACAGGAGUUGUUCAAAGACACAGGAGUCUGUGUCUUUGGUACAUUUUCAGACUAGAACUUGGAGAAAGUUUGGUUUCAGAGCAAGGGAAGUUGAUGAGGUAGUUUCCAACACUUUGUGGUGUUUGCGGUUCACUUUACUCCUGAUAAUUCCAGAUGUGUUCUCUCCUCCAGGACCAGAUGGUGCUGGUAUUGAGGAGCAGGCUGCUGUGAUGGGAAAAUAAGAACCACCUUUUUCUAACAGACUUGAGUCCUUUUCAAUCUGUUUUAUUCUUUACAUCCACAAAUCAUUAAAAAUUAAAUUGAUAGUUAGCAGGACAUAAGGGAAGCAAAACCAAGGAACGAAGGAGAACAUUGAAUCUCUCAAAUUUGCUCCUUAACCAUGGGCUUGCUAGUGGCAGUGUCUGAAUCCCUUUGCACAGCUUAGUACAGAGCCAGAGUGAUCAGUGAUAUCUUUUAUUCGGUGAGUUAACUGACGUCAGCCAGAGUGCCGGUGGUUGCAUGGGGUUUGACUCUCAUUGCUCGAAGGGAAAGGUUGUGCUGCUGAAUGCCUUUGCUGAACACUGGAUAGGGUACUGAUGCACGCAGGGUCAUGUGCUAAGGUAGCAUCCUGUGGGAUAUACUGAAGUGGGAAGGGAAGCCAUGCCCAGGCAACUGUGAUACAGCAUGUGCAUAUCUUUUGCAGAGGUCAAACAAGUGGAAAAUAUUGUUCUUAAGGAUGAAAGGAAAACUCAGUUGUUUCAGUGAGUAAUGGAUAAAUUUAGUUUUGUACAAAUGCAAGAUAAUCUGUGUGUAGCAAAGAUUCUCAAUUUUUUUAAUUGAGAAAGACAUUUUUAAGAAACUCAAGUUGUCUUAGUUUUGGAAUUCCUGAAAUGGGUUAUAAUGAGGUGUGAUCUUAAUAUGGUUAAUAAACCCUCAAAAUGAGUAAUUAUGAAUGUAUUAAAAAGGACAAGUUUAAAGUUGUUAGAUGUGAAACUCUUUGCAAUGCUGGAGUUUGGAAAGAUAACUUUCUGUAGUCUGCUGUGUAGUUCACAUUAGGCCAGAAGAUAGGCUUAUUGAAUUUGUGCAAAUAAAAUAACUUUAUUUUAGGCUUUUCACCUUGUUUCUUUAAAGCUAUCCAUUUAAUUCGUUUUCCAGAAACACCACUAACAAACUGUUGGUUUACGGUUUUCUGUUUGUCUUACAGCAUUGCCAAAAUUGUUAUUAUAAUAUUAUUUCUGGUAGCUGUGUGUCUUGUGUAUGCUGGGGAAGGGACAGAAAUACAUUUUAAGCAUGUAUAUUUAACCUGUGGUUUGGAAAAAUUGUUUUAUGUUUGUCUAAACAUUGGCUUCGGAUACAAUCUGAAUACUGUGUGAGAAAUUUGGGUGCUAUAUGGAAUAAUCAAAUAAAACAUUUUACAAAGA